GAUAUGGUUCAGGCGAUAGCAGUCAGCUGCAUGCAGUAGCGUAGCUCACUGAUGAGUCCGCAAACAACAAUGUCUGAAUCUAAGAAGACGGCUCUUAUCACCGGUACCUCGUCUGGUAUUGGUCAUUAUUUGGCUUUGGAAUUUGCGAAAAGGGGGUAUUUUGUCUUCGCAUGCUCAAGAAAGGCUGAAUCCAUGGCGGAUAUUUGCGCUGAAUAUCCAGGCCAAAUCUUUGCCUUCAGCAUGGAUGUAUCGUCUUUGGAGUCAAUCAAGGCUGGAUAUAAGUUUGUUUCAGAGAAGUUGAAAGAUUUGAACAUUGCAGGCUUAGACGUUGUCUACAAUAAUGCCGGAUCUUCAUGUACCUUUCCCGGAGUUGAUGUCCCAGAUGCAGCAUUGGUGCAGUGCAUGGAUACGAAUUUCAUCGGGCCCGUAAGAGUUGUUCACGAGUUUUCCAGAUUGGUUAUUGCGAAAGAAGGAACGUUUGCUUUCACCGGAUCUUGUUCCGGGUACUGCCCCUUCCCAUGGGGGUCGGUGUAUGGUGCUAGCAAGGCUGCGAUUGGCCAAUAUGCUAGCAUUCUAGCCUUUGAACUCGAGCCUUUCAACGUGGCAGUGAAGAAUUUCAUUACCGGCGGUGUGCACACCGACAUCGCAGACAAGAGACCAUUACCGGCUGAUAGUAUUUACAAUAUUGAACCAAUGAAACAUGCGUUCGAGCAGAGACAGAAGAUGUCAGAACGUAAUAACCCAAUGGAGCCUUCAAUUUACGCCAAGAAGGCGAUUGAUGCAAUUGAAUAUGGCAAAAAGUCAACCGUAGACGUCUAUUUGGGAACGUGGUCUAUUUUGCCACACCUGGUUGCCAUUUUCCCAAGGUCUGUGAUUUUGUAUUUCUUCAGAUUGAAAUUUUACUUGACGGACGUAUGGAAGGCAUUGGCUGAGAAACACAGAAACAAAAAGAUUGCAUAGAAAUGACCGCAGGAUCGCUUUCUCUGAAAAUAUCUAAUCAAUAUCUUUUUAUAUACAAGAAUAAUUAAACUAGGAAUAUAAUUCGUAAUAUACAUAGCUCUAUGUAUAUAAUCUCAGAAC